CUUCUCUCACUCUCUCUCUUUGGUAAGUUAAAAAUGUUGCUCCGUCGUGCAACCGCACUACCCAAAACCCUACAAAACCUCCGGCUAUUCUCCCCGGCGGCGACCUCCGCAUUAGCCCUCGACCACGCCCUAGAAUCCCAGCUCGACUACCUCCCUGGAUUCCCGCGGCCCGAUGCGAAGCACGCAGAGACGAUCUUAGCCGUUCCUCGGUCCGACUCCGGCAAGAACAUAUCGGCGAAAGAGCGUAAAGCGGGUCGAGUUCCUUCGAUCAUAUUCGAACAGGAGGAUGGUCAGCACGGAGGGAACAAGAGGCUUGUCUCGGUCCAGACGAAUCAGAUCAGGAAGCUGGUGACUCAUCUGGGUUACUCCUUCUUCCUCGCUAGGCUCUUCGAUGUCGAGGUUCGGUCUGAGAUUGGUUCCGAUGAGGUCAUUGAGAAAGUCAGGGCCUUGCCCAGAUCGAUUCAUUUGCACUCUGGAACUGAUGCGCCACUGAAUGUGACGUUUAUAAGAGCUCCUCCUGGUACUCUGUUGAAGGUUGAUAUACCUCUUGUGUUUAUUGGAGAUGAUGUGUCUCCUGGGUUGAAGAAAGGAGCAUCUCUGAAUACAAUCAAAAGAACGGUGAAGUUUUUAUGUCCGGCAGAGAUCAUCCCUCCAUAUAUAGAAGUAGAUCUCAGCCUACUGGACGUUGGACAAAAGCUAGUAGCUGGAGACCUCAAGGUUCAUCCGGCGCUAAAGCUAAUAAGGCCCAAAGACGAACCAAUUGUUAAGAUCGCCGGGGGACGUGUCAGUGACCAGCAAAAAGACCAGCAAAAGAAGGAUCAGCCAAAGAAAGAGCAAUCAAAGAAAUAAACCGGUGGUGAGUCAUAUUAACCGGUGCAAACCAAAUGUUGCUCAUGAUUGUCACCCAAACGUUGAUGAAAAAUUUGUGGAUCAGUCUUCUUAGAACUCGAGAUCCCUUAGGAUAAAGGUUUUUUGGUGUGUUAUUGUGUUGCCGGAGAGCUAUAGAUUCCGGUGGAAUAUUAUGUCUUUUGAUUCUAUAAUGCAUGUUUUUCAUGGAUCAAUCCAUAAUAAGAUUUAACAGAUUUCUUGAAA